AUGGCCGAAACAGGUACAGAAGAGGGUCAUUGGUCACUGUGCCAUCGGUGCCACCUUUUGGCUACCACCCUGAGACGCGUGGCCAAGCGACGACAGGUUGGUGCUCUUGCUGAGACACCGUCGCUGCUGCCGCUGCCGCCACCGCUGCCGCCGCUGCCGUCAGCAGUAGCACAACUAGGCCGGUUUGCAUUCAGCAACGGUCGUCUGUACUUAGUGUCGAAGCUGAACGUCGCGUCGCAUUGCCGCUGCCGCCGCCUCAGUCGUCGUCGUCGUCGUCGUCGAUCGGAUCGCUGCCGCCGCUGUUACAUAAUGGGGGUGGUUGACAGUAGGGAGGAUGAGGAGGACGAAAGGCGUUGGACCAGGCCAAACAUCGGCAAGGAAUCUGUCGUCUGGCGAGUGACCUCGUCCGCGGCCUCGACCUCCGUCUCCUCCGUCCUCGGAUUCUUACCUCUGCUGCUGCUGCUGCCACACAUCUGUUAUACCGGAGUCGCUUCAUCAGUGCUUCCUGGUACUCUCAUACGAGUGACCUUGGAGCACUUUCCGUUUCAUGUGGUGGACCUCGUUGUGACCUGUCCAGCUAUCGUAUCGCGCAAAUCGCCUUUGACCAGUGAUGCAGAAUCGCUCGGUCUUGGCGGAAACGCGAGUACACGUCGUCUCGAAAAUGGUGUGGAGACCUUGGCCUUGAGAGGCAGCCUGAGGGGUGGGCAUCGACAGUUCUCGAUCGCCGAGUUCCUGCCUGCUCAACCAUCAUCAGCCUUUUCUGAGGAAGGUUUCAUGAAGGUCAUUCUGAGGACCGACUGUUCGAACAACCGCACGGUAUGUUGUCAGAGCGUGGGCGGUGACACGACGGCGCAUGUCUACGAUCAAUAG